GCAGCGAGCGCAGGCUUGCCCGUCGCCUCCCGCCGGAGACCAGAUCAGAAGCGGCUGUUAACGGUCAGCGGACAGUCACACAUACUCACAACACCGCCACCAUGAGGGAAAUUGUGCACCUACAGACUGGCCAGUGCGGCAACCAGAUCGGAACGAAGUUCUGGGAAAUCAUCAGUGAUGAACAUGGCAUCCAGCCAACUGGGGAAUACUCUGGUACUGAUAAGGACUUGAUGGAACUCCAGUUAGAAAGAAUUAAUGUUUAUUAUAAUGAGGGCAACCAAGGAAAGUACGUUCCCCGUGCAGUCCUGGUUGACUUGGAGCCAGGAACUAUGGACAGUGUCAGAGCAGGACCCCAUGGACAACUCUUCAAACCAGACAGUUUUGUAUUCGGUCAGAGUGGUGCAGGUAACAACUGGGCUAAAGGUCAUUACACAGAAGGUGCUGAACUCGUAGAUUCUGUCCUUGAUGUCAUCCGCAAGGAAGCAGAGAAGUGUGACUGUCUUCAGGGCUUCCAAUUGACACAUUCCCUUGGUGGUGGUACUGGGUCUGGUAUGGGCACACUUCUUGUCUCAAAGAUUCGUGAAGAAUUCCCAGACAGGAUCAUGAACACCUUCUCCGUUGUCCCAUCUCCUAAAGUUUCAGAUACUGUGGUAGAACCCUACAAUGCAACUCUAUCAAUCCAUCAACUUGUCGAAAACACAGACGAAACCUACUGUAUUGACAACGAGGCUUUGUACGAUAUCUGCUUCAGAACACUAAAACUACAGAACCCCACUUACGGUGACCUUAACCAUCUCGUUUCUCUAACAAUGUCUGGUGUCACCACUUGCUUCAGAUUCCCAGGCCAGCUGAAUGCUGAUCUAAGAAAGCUGGCUGUUAAUAUGGUGCCAUUCCCACGUCUUCACUUCUUCAUGCCUGGAUUCGCUCCUCUCACCGCUCGUGGAUCCCAGCAGUAUCGUGCCCUUACAGUCCCCGAACUUACACAACAGAUGUUUGACGCAAAGAACAUGAUGGCUGCCUGUGACCCUCGACACGGACGUUACUUGACUGUAGCUGCCAUUUUCCGUGGCCGCAUGUCUAUGAAGGAGGUAGAUGAACAGAUGUACAACAUCCAGAAUAAGAACUCUUCAUUCUUCGUUGAAUGGAUCCCCAACAAUGUCAAGACUGCAGUGUGUGACAUUCCACCACGUGGUAUCAAGAUGGCUUCAACAUUCAUUGGUAACUCUACUGCCAUUCAAGAGCUAUUUAAGCGUGUGGGCGAACAAUUUACUGCCAUGUUCAGGCGAAAGGCUUUCCUUCAUUGGUACACAGGUGAAGGAAUGGACGAGAUGGAGUUCACUGAAGCUGAAUCGAACAUGAAUGAUUUGGUUUCAGAAUACCAACAAUACCAGGAAGCCACUGCAGAUGACGAGGCUGAAUUUGAAGAGGAAGGCGAAGUCGAGGGCGAAUAUGCCUAAAGUAAAUUAUAAAAUUGGUCAACUUGCCGUUUCUUUUCCUUAGUUGAUCAUUGUACAUUCCUCCGAUAUUUUUUUUUCAUUGUAUGAAUCAAAUGUGAACAAAUUUUCUUCAAUUUCUUUCUAUUUUUUAAUAUGAUUUAUAGCACACAAACAGAAGUUUCCUUGUCCAAACAAAUGUUUCCUAUGUACUUGAGAGGAUUUUGGUAAAAAUUCUUCUUCAAUGAACGUAAAACAAA